AUCUGCGUAACGUUUUCUCGCGCAGGCCGUGACCGCGCAACUGUACCGCCCGGCGCCCUUAGACCAUGACUGCAGUGAAGCUGGUUGAACUUCGAGGAAGGGUGGGCAAAAACCAGAAGAAAGCCCCGAUGCCGUGUGCGCCACGUGAAUGCAUCGCGGAUACCGCUCCCUACGCGGCGAGGAUGGCGUUUACUUGGACGUGCGCCCGCUUUCUCUUAGAAGCCAAGCUUCUUGACAACUGGCGACAGCAGCCGCUUACGGCCAUUAACUCUGGUUUACCGCCGCUUCCACACUCGCUAGAACCCCUUCCCCCGAUAUACGAUACCCGGUCCAACCCCGAGUUCGGCGCUGGCUUCUCAGUUUGACCAAGUGCACGCGCAGGCUCGAGGCGCAUUGCGGCAGUCUCACAGCAACACAAAUCGCCUCGCGAGCAUCCGUUCUACCAGCCGCUCUCCGCGCUUGAGACGGCCAUGGGACCAACCCAGGAGUAUGGCAACGAGGACGAUGCGCUUAAGGCUGCUGACGUGGUGCUGGAGAACUUGGCAAGGCAGGUGGAGGAGCGCAUCAAGGAGGGCCCCAAGAGCGACUUAGAGCCCUACUUGGCAACCAUAGCUCGCCUGCACGAUGGAGUGGCGUUCUUUGAGGCGCUUCGCGAGGUCAAGAGCGUGCAGGCGGAGUGCCUGGCCCUGGCGCACUCCAAGAGGCUUCUGGAGGAGGCGAGGCCCCGGCUGGAGGGCGAGCUGAGGCAGCAGCUGCUGCAGUUCACCAAGGAGACUGAGGAAGAGGGGGGCGCGGGGGAGAGGGAGGGCGAGGGGCUGCCGGUGCUGCUGGCGGACGGCGAGGCAGGGGAGAGGAUCCGGGGGGUGGCAGAGGCGCUCAUCAGGAUGGGGCGGGCCGACAACUGCCGCAAGAUCUACACUGAGGUGCGCAGCAGCAUGGUGGAGGCGGGGCUCAGGCGCAUGGCGGCGGGGAGGCUGACAAGGGAGGAGGAGGUGGGCGGCAUGGUAUGGGAGGAGCUGUCGGACUGCAUCGAGGGGUGGCGCAGGCAGACCCGGCGAGCGGUGCGCGUGGUGCUGGUGGCAGAGAGGCAGCUCUGUGAGGCGGUGCUGCAGGGGCUGGAGCCCCACACGGGGCAGGCGUUUGCGGACCUGGCGGGGGCAACGCUGGGCAUGCUGUUGGGCUUCGGGGAAGCUGUGGCACGAAGCAGCAAGCCCCCCGAGAAGGUGCCGGCGCUGAUGGACAUGUAUGAGACCAUGAGGGACCUCAUGCCGCAGGUGAGACCCCUCAUGCCGCAGGUGAGACCCCUCAUGCCGCAGGUGAGACCGCUCAUGCCGCAGGUGAGACCGCUCAUGCCGCAGGUGAGACCGCUCAUGCCGCAGGUGAGACCGCUCAUGCCGCAGGUGAGACCGCUCAUGCUGCAGGUGAGACUGCUCAUGCCGCAGGUGAGACCGCUCAUGCCGCAGGUGAGACUGCUCAUGCUGCAGGUGAGACCGCUCAUGCCGCAGGUGAGACCGCUCAUGCCGCAGAUGGAGGUGGUGUUGGGCGGCGCGGCGUGCGCGGCCAUCAGGGCCAACGCGCAGCAGCUGCUGCAGCACCUGGCGGCGGCGGCGAAGGAGGCGUUCAGCAACUUCGAGCUGGCGGUGGAGAGUGAGGAGAGCAGCAAGAUGCCGCCCGACGGGGCCGCUCAUACACUUACGAUCUACGUGGUGAAUUACCUCAGGUUUCUCUACGAGUACAAGGCCACCAUGCAAGAGCUGUUCAGCCGAGAUAACUUCUUCUCCGAGGCCACCACAUGCAUCUUCGCCGCGCUGCACGCCAACCUGGAGCGCAAGAGCCAGCUGUACCGUGACGCUGCGCUGACUCCGCUAUUCCUCAUGAACAACGUGCAUCGUAUCGUGGACUGCGUGCAAAAGACCGAGCUGAAGGAGGUGCUGGGGGAGGACUGGAUCGAGCAGCAGCGGUGCAUGGUGCAACAGCAUGCCGCGUCGUACCAGCGGACGUCGUGGAACAAGAUUUUCGGCCUCCUGGCAGCACAGGACGGCAAGGAGGGCAGUUUGAGCCGUGGCGCAGUCAAAGAGAGGUUCUGUGUGUUCAACGCCACCUUUGAGGAGCUGCACCGCUCGCAAUGCGUGUGGAAGAUCCCCGACCCCGAGCUGCGGUCCGCCGUGCAGCUGCAGAUCGCCGAGGUGCUGCUGCCCGCCUACCGCUCCUUCGUGCAGCGCUAUACCCCUGUGCUGGAGAGCGGCGGUCUCUUUGGCCGCAGCAGCGAGGCGGCCUCUAAGUAUAUUCGCUUCAGCAACGAGAGCCUCGACUCGCUCUUGAAGGAGUUCUUCCAGGGCAGGGAGAGCUGCAACAUCCUCCUCACGCAGGCCUCUGCUGAUUGUUAGACACAGAGGAGUACCAUAACUUGGGUCUUUAUCAGACAAGUUUUGUCUGUUUGUCUGGUUUUCAGAGACGCGAAGGGGCGAGAUAAGUGUCGAAGGUUGUUCGAAGGAAACAUACCGUAAUCUCCCGGCAAUAGGACCCUAGGUCAAGGAAAAUCGUCUGGGUGGACAUCAAAAUGGAAGGUGCUUUUUAAGCCCCAUGUUCAUUUAUAUAUUACCGUAAUCCCCCGUAUAAAGCACCCUAUGCUGUUAAUAAAAAUGCAGCAAAAUU